GUCCGCUUAUAAAAAUACCCCCGCCAAUACUCGUCUCCCCCAACAGUUCCUUUUACACACUCCUCCAACACCUCCUCCUCCUCCUCUUCCCCCUCCCCCUGCUGCUGCUACCCCAGCGGUGCCUGCCACCCAACCUUAAGACACUUCUUAGUCUGACAGAACCCAUCUUGCCUCCGUCUCGCAUUUGUAUUUCUGCCAUCUUAGAAGAGAUCUGUCAUUUGGCCCCGCUCAUAUUCGAUCGUAUUUGAAUCGAGUGCGUACAGUGAUCAAGUUCUUAUUGACUGGUGACAUAAAGUCGGUGUUCGCCUGUUUUGUUUACAGGCUCUUCUCAUAGUAAUACUUGCGACGUUGCCAAGUCACCGUCAUCGUUAAGGUUGACGAUGUCUUCUUUUGGGCUGCUCGUUGAAAGGAAUCGCUGAAAGAGUGUAGAAACGCUUCGAAAUGGACACGGAGAGUAUACUCUUUGUGUAGGGAGCAAUGACAAGUCUGAUUACCUCGCCAAUAACCCCUAUCUAAAUUCGAGAUUCCUCCUCACAUUUCGUAGUAGCUUACUCUAGUGCGUGAGUGCGCCAUUGAAUGUGCGGGGGAGGGAUCUUGAAUCGGUUGGCAGUGAGGAGCGUGACUCUGGCACCGAGUCUGAUGACGAGCAACCUUACGAGGAGCCCGAGCCUGGUAUGUGGUGGUGCCUGUCAACUGUGAAAGUGAUUCCCUGCAACCAUCAUUCCCUGCAACAAUGACCCUGCACCAAGAAUCCUUCUGCAACAUUCCUCCUGGCCAUGAGCACAACAUCUUUCUUCCUCUGUGAGGCAGCGAGAUGUCGAGUGAAGUGUCGAGUGGGUGUAGCGUGAGAUCGCGCCCCACUAGCCAGACCAGCACAGAUACACUCACUUGCGACGAUCUCCCCAUGGCUGGCGAUGCCCCUGAUAUGCCUCCACCAUCCACCAUUCCCCAGUCAUCUGUUUCCUCAUCAACAGGCCCCUAUCAUCACCCACCACAUUUACAUCAUCACCACCACCACCAUCAUCAUCAUCACCUUCAUCACAGUCAUCAUCAUCCACAUCCUGGGAGGAGGGCGCGAACUCCCCGUCACCCACACCCAUCUUUAAGAACCCCUGACCCACCUAGAGAGUCUCCUGCUUUAGAGUCUCCCAUUGAACCAUUUCUGGACUCUGCAUUUGUGAGUGACUGUGAUGCAUGUGAUCCUGUGGAACACCAUUCGUCUGAGGAGGAAUUGGAAACCCUUACAGGAUCAUGGUCUCGGGAAACAGGACCACCUGAGAAACGCAAGUGGUCACAAGUAGCCAGACUCUCUCUAACAGACUCAGGAAGCAGUGACGAGGAAGUAUGUGUGUUGACCACCGGGUCACGCCCACCCGUCCAGUUUAGAACCUCCCCUCCCCUUGAGGCUCACAAACCCUUACGUUCUGUAUCUCCACCCACGAAAAUGCUUAGUUUAGCCAGCAGUGGACGAGAAAAUCUAUUAUCAGCUGGUGGAGCCACAGGUGGCAGUGGUUCACCUGAAGGUGCCACUGGUAGUAGUGAGGGUGGAAGCACUCCUAGGGCAGAGGGUGGAGCCAGGGCUGCAUCACCUCGUAAGAGACACAGACAGACACCUCGUCCUCACCAGAUGCACCGCCCAUGUCUAGACUUUGAGAAAAUGCAACAGAUGAAAAACCGAGCGGUGACACAGUGGAGGAAUGGGGGUGAACUUUCCCUCUCAUUCUGCUAGUUUUCCGCAGCUUCCUGGCAUCAUUUAGUUCCCACAAGCAAGUUUUUUUGGGCAGAUAUGUUUUCUACUUUAGAAACAGAGUUACACUGAGCAAAGACAAGAAUUGUUUUGCUGGUUUCAAAACAGAUUUUAUUGGUUUGUGCACCCUCAGUUCAGUAUUAUUUAAGGCCAAGGUUUCAAAAUUAUAAUUUUAAUGUAAGUGGGAGAUCAAUAGCUGUUUUUGUUUAGUUUCUCACACUGCCUUAUUUUGUAUACUGUAUAAAUAUCGGUUAGAGUACAUCCCAAAAUAUCACUGUAUAGUAAUUUUAUAUUUAAUAAUAGGGAUUAAUUGAUAUUUUGAUUUUUAUGUGGAUAAUUUCUGUUCCAUUGAAAAUUCAGAAAGCCAGAGAAAAAAUUUUACGAGUUACGACAGCUAGAUUUGUAUACAUGCAAUGAUCUUGUAAAAUCAAAUGUGGAGGGACUGUGAAUAUUCUUGUAUAAUCUUUGCAAUAGAGAUUUACUGUCAUCUGUAGCUUCAUAGAAUAUGAAAAGUGCAAGCAUAGAGUGAAAGUGGACAAGAGUGAACGAGCUGAUGUUCCAGGAGUGAGAGCGUGUAUAUCUGCCCAAUUUUGUACCUGAUUCCUAAUUUAAUAUGUAAAAUACUUGCAGGUUAAUGGUAGACUGUAUGCAGUAUUGAAGUAAAUGGUGAAAAUUGAAAGAAAGGUUUUUUUUUUAUUUGAUAGUGGCAAAAGGUCAUGGUUUUAAAUAAUGCCCAGUUAAAGUACAAUAUUUGAGAGAUAAGAUGAUAACAAAAAUACAAAUCACAAUCAUAUUUGGUGAAAGUAAAUUUUGAUGGGACAAUUUAAUAAGUGUUAUGUAAAAAGCAGCUUUAUAUAAUGCAGUGCAGGGUUUCAUUCUGUCUUAAUAUUGUUAAUAUUAUUUUGCCAUUUUUAAUUAUUAUUUAUAGUGAUUCAUAUAUGCACAUAAUAGUAUGCAUAUUACAGUAGUACUUUUGUUUUGCUCUAAUACAGACAGGUUUGAAUUGGAUAAACCAUAAGAAAAGGUGUAUUGGAUAAGGCUGAAAUUUGUAAUAAAUGAGAUACUUGAGGUGAUUAAAAAAGGGAUUUUGACGUAGGAAAAAUCUAUUUCUGGGUGAGGAAGCCGUGUCGCCCAGUGAAAUGUGUCCUCUUUAGCACUAUUUCUAGUAAAAUAUUGCUAUGAUACCAGAGAACUGCUAAAUUGGACAUGUCAGAAGUCUCUGACUCGCUCACCUAAAUAAAAGGUGUCGGUAUAGAACUGGGGCGAGUGUUAAAACACUACCACAGCAACCCCUCCAAUUAGCCUUUUCCUCAUCAAAAGACCCUGAAAACGGGGAGCCGACCUAUAAAAGACUGAAGGAAAGAUGAAGAUGUCCUCUGUUCUGAUGCAGUUUAUUAAAGAAGUCACAGAAGGUAUUGGAUAUGCUGUGAGUUAUUUUGUUUUGCUUGAGAGAAAUGGUAGGCUGAGUCUGGCACAACCUUUUGUCUUUGUGUCUCAAACAAUAUUCACAAACAUGAUACACCCAAAUUCAUUUUUUUAUAGGGCUUCAAAAAUAGUUGCAAGACAUCAUUACUUUAAACACUAAUUGUUUUCUUGUACACCAUAUUUAUUCCUUUAUCCUUUUAACCUUCUUUUACUAAUGCGUUUCACAGAGUUUUCUGUAUUAAACAACAGGAGAAAUAAUUCAUAAAUAACAACUGGUCAGGGUAAUUCUUAAUCAUAGAUUUACAUUGUGAUACAAGACUUGCAAGCUCUGCUUGCUAUGUUUAAAUUUCAAGAGUAUUCAGGAUAAGGUUUACCAUUUUAAUCUCCAUAUUAUCCUUUUAAUUUCUUGAAAUAUCCUUAAUAGAAUUUUAUGGUGACCAAGUGAAUAUAGUUGUGUUUACUACAUUGAAAUACCUGUGAAACAUUAUCAAAACUAACCCCUCUCAUUUUGCUUGCUGGUGCAUAAUGUUAUUCCAUAAUAAUUAAAGUACAAAGGUUGAAUUUUAAUUUUGUACGUAGUGCUCAUUUUCUAAAACUAAUGAUUCAUGAAAAUACUUUAAGUAUCCAAUUUGGUAGUUCAGGGAACUUCAUGUUAUAAUGUAACACAGUACAGAGUACUAAAUUUUCAGUGGUUUCCAUUCCUGGAAACAUGGACUUGAGUUACUUGUGGUAAGCUUUCAUUUUGAAGUAACCGUCCAGUUGAUACGAACCAUGAAGGAAUAUUCUUUUUUACAUACAUUGGACUUACUCUCACUGAAUGAUUUCUUGGCAAGCUUCAAAUUUCUUUUUUAAAGGUGUCAUAGGUGUAUUUCAUCAGCCACUAAGCACUCCAUUCAUGAUUUGUAGUUUGCGUGAUAUUUUUAAUAGUUUCCAUACAUUGCUAUUUUGAGGAAUAGAAUACACUUAUGAAAAAAUGCUGGGUAAUUUGAAGUGAAGAGGUGGAAAAAGACAAGAAUUGUAGUUGUAUAAAAAUAAACAGUUGAUAUGAAGUAAUUGUAGAAAAAUAAACAGUUGAUCUGAAGUAUAUUUAAUUGUAAUUGUAGAAAAAUAAGCAGUUGAUACAAAGUAAAUUUAAUUGAAAUCUUUUGACAAUACUUUUAACUUUAUAAAAAGUGCAUUCCACCACAAGUUUUUUUUUCUAGAUGAUAAACCAAGUAUAAUAAGACUUAUGCUAGAAUAUUAAACUCAAAUUUUGAAUUUCUUUUUUUAUGUUAAUCAGUAAAGCAUAGUAGUAUAAGAUUAAGAAUUCAUCUCACUGAUUGAUGUCUUAAUGUUCAUUUGAGGAAAAUUUAGAAAUUCAUAGUAAAGGUAAAUUACAAUAUUACAUAAAUGGUAUUUUCACCAGAGCUUUUUAUAUGAAACAUGUUCUUUAGUAUGCAUUUUUUAAUUUAGGCUUGUUUUACCCUGCAAUUUAUUUUUGGGGUAUCUUUUGUUAUCAUAAAGUGCCUUGGGAAGCUGAGGAAAUUAGCACCACUAUCAACUAUUCUUAAUGCUCCUUUUCCUUCUGCUCUCUGAUGUUAUCUCAUCAUCAUCAUCAUCUUAACUUUUCUGUUACAUUUCCAUCUUUAGUACUUGGAGCAAAAUAGCAACUAAAGUACACCUAGCCAACUAAGCAAUUUAUAUGCAGUAAAUGAUUUCAGCUUACACCUGGAAAUGGUUAGAUAUUUUACAAGUGCAAACACAUUAUACUAGUAAAUCAUUUAUACUAGUAAAUCAUUAUUUACGUAUUAUACCUCUACUUUUUUAUUUAUUUCAACUUGUCUCAGUUCUGAACUAAAGCAAGUUAGCAUGAAAAGUUCCUGUCUGUUUCAGUGGCAGUGAACAGAAAAGAUUUCUGGUUGGAAAUUAAAUUCUCCCACACGUCUUAAUUCAACAUGCAUAUCUCACUGCAGUGCCUGAAUUUUUUUUAUUUUUAGUUAUAUUUGAAUUACUCUAUUAACAAUAACAAGUUCACAUUACAGUAUACGUAUUACUUGAAUAACAUAAGGAAAUGAUGAGGCUGGUCUUGCAGCUACAUAUUUUACACUGUACACUUGUAGCCUUUAGCAAAUAUUGCAACAAACUCAAAAUUACACUCUGUAAUCCCUUGUCAUUUGUAAGAGAUUAUGAGAGAAAGGUUGGUUAAAUUCAAUUCUUUCAUCAUACGUUGCUCAUUGGACUGAUUUUUUCCUAUUUUGCAGUAUUGCCAUAUUUAUUACGGGUAGGUUUACUGUACUUCAAGGCUCUCAUUUUACAAUUUUCUGUAGUCUUAACCAAUACUGAAAUUACUAAGAACAUUCUUAAUUCACAAAAGAGGUCCAGUUAUAAACUGGCUUGUGACGACUGUCAAAGCAAGUUGGCAAAUCCAAUAACAGUAUUCACUGUAGAGUGACACAGCAACUAGUCUUGGGCAAAGAAUCCUGCAUAACCCAUGAGUGUUUAGACAUUGUGUGUACCUGGGUAGAACUUAAUUUGUUUUUGUUUUCAUUAUUUCUGUUAUAUAAUAUUGCUUGUUUUCAGCAUUAUGCUAUUUUUGACUGGAUACAGUAAUCAUUUUCAGGUUAUUUUCACUCCAAGAUUCCUACUGUAUUUGUGAAGUGAACCUUUUUGCAUGGCAUUAGAGAAUUCCUCUAUCUAGUGAUAUUUUUUUGUGACGGCACAAAUAGUAUUGGAGUUUUCUUCUCUGGUGUAAACACUAGGGUUAUCUUGCUUUGGAAAUGGACAUAUAUUUUGUGAUUAUGGCUAUUUCACACCCAUAUUUUAUUAAGCAGCACUUUUUUAUUUGGUGAAGAACUUGUGUGUUUUAUAACUCCAAAUUUGGAUGCAUGAUUUACGAGGUGUGGUUACUCACUGUAAGGACUGCAGCCCGCUCCUUCCCUUAGAGAUACGACCCUUUUCCUGAGACUUUGGACCUUAUGCCCUUACUCCAUAAAGACCUUAUUGUGGCACCCAGGAGGAGGCAUUCUUUUGGCAGAAAAUGGAAAAGGGUGGCUGAAGAAAUAUAUCAGUGUUUGUGCAAGACAAAACUUUGUGUCAAAAAGCUAAUUGUGAUGAAAGCACAAAUUAAAUAUUUGAAGAUUAAGGAAAAAUACACAUCAGAAAUGCGAUAGACCAGAAAUGGGAUUUUCUAAACCGGUGAAAUAUUUCCAAAACUGAAAAUACCCUAUGAAAUAUGGGGUCAGUGAAUAUCAUUUAAAGGAAAAACAGUGCUAAAACUGUGAGCGAGAAAACUAAAUUUUUUUUGGAAUGUGAGGUAAAAAAAAAAAGGGCAAGUGCAUAACGUUGACAAAAGGCAUUUCUGUAAGUCACUACCUGUCAAUUUUUUUUCCCUUUUUCAUAUUUAAAUUUUCAAACAACAUCUUGAAUUUUAAGAAAAAUGUUUUGUGAUGUUUAUGAAUCAACACAAAAAUUGCCUGGCAGUGACUAUUAAGAUUUGCCAAGACUUUUUUUGUCAUAUAAUAAGUGCAAAUUUGUUAUCCAGUGUUGAUUAUUGCCAUUAUUUUAGUGGACCUGUGAACCUUGUCCCGUUUUAUGGGUUUGAAGGAGUGCUUCAUAUCAGUGAAGUGGACCUGCUAUAUUCUUUACAUGGUAGAAAUACCAUAUCUGUUAUGUUGUUGACAUGGACAUUUGCUGAUAGUUUUCAUCCUUUAUAUUGCUAUGGAUAUCCUAUUAUCAGGUAUAAUAUUAACAUUCUUUAUCAGUCCUGUUUGUUUCCAUAUAUAGUGUUUAAAUGUCAUAAUAAUCUGUUGUGUUUUAAAUGCAUUUAGCCCACAGUGAAGUCAGUUUGAAUCUCGCUUCGGAAUGAAGUUCUGGGGUUAUCUUAGGAACGAAAGUGAUGUUAGUGACCAUUUGACUUGUGAAUUAUUUGGCACUGACUGAAAGUCUCAUUUCAGCAGGGAAUGGACCACGUCAUCAUGGAGAUGAGUCUGAAACUAAAAAGCAUGAAUUUUUCUGAAUAAAAGUAAUAAAUGCAAGUAGUAAUUAAAUGCAUACACACAAACAUACAUACAUACCAUACAUACUACUUUUAUUUACAAUAGUAACUAACCCAAUUCCAGUUUUUAAUUUACUGUUGUGGACUAUACAAUAGUCUAUACCAUCUGCAUAGUAAAUAGGUAACUUUUAUUGCUGAGAACUGAAAUCUUUGAUUAAUACUUAUUUUAACCUGAGAAUGCUAAAUUAUAAUUUAGUUUGGAAGACACCUCAGUAAUAGUGUACAUAAACAUAGUUUUUCCUUAGAAAUCUUCACUUUAAAGAAAUUAACAUACACAUGGUAUGAUUCUUGAUUUUGACAAAAGGAAUGUAUCUUUUAUGACAGUAUUUGUGAAACCAAGUUUAUAGUUUAUUUUUUGAAUUCUAAGACAUGAUUAUUUUCUCUGAUUUAAUCCUUUGUUCAGUUCUCUUGGGAUAUUGGUUCUGAUUGCAGCUUAUUCGGUAUCCUUAUAUAGUUUACUGAAAUCAAAAUCUAAUAGUUUACUGAACUCAUAAUGUAAAUUUUGUUUCUUUGUCAUUAUUUUAAAAACUUAUUUAAUUAUUAUUUACCUCUUGAAUAUGUUACAUUUCUGAAGUAGUUUAUCAAAACAAGUUUUUGACAUUUCCAUUUCACUGAGCCUAAUACGAAGCCUUUUUCAAACUCUGUCAGAUAAGAUGAAUUUCAUUUGACAGUAGACAUCCAGGAAGAGUAAAGAUUUUAGUGUUUUUGAGCAAAUUACAAUGUUACAUUUUAAGGGGAAAAAGUUUGUGUUUAUGUUUUAAAGAGAAAAAUUUUUGCAAAAAGUAUAAGUCAGGAAAAGAUAAUACCAAGUCAGGUGGUCAUGUAUUUGGGAGAUGUCAAGAUUUCUUACAGUGCACAAAUGGAGAUUGAAUGAUAUGUAUAAAAUUAUAUGAUUUUUUCUAGUCUGCAUACAUAUAUAAAGAUAUGUUUAUAAAUAUACUUGCAAUGUAAAGGACUAGAUGUGAUUAACAAUGUGUGAAAGAUAUUCAGUGCACUGUACUUUGAUUAUCUACCCAGUAUUGCUGGAACAAAGACAGAGAGUAAAAAAUAUAAAAGCCAGAGUUUUCAAGGUUCCUUAGGCCCUUUAUUAUAGUGGGUUUUAUUUGUAUGUAGCCAGCGACAUGCAAUGUUAUGAGGAAAACAAGGGAUAAGAACUUAUAAGUCUCAUAAGAUAUUUUAAAUUCACUUGAGGUUCGUAUUCUUUAUAUUAAAGGUGGUUGAAGUUUUUGUAUGCUUUUUUAUGAGGGCUUGUUGUUGAGUGUAAUACAAAUAAAUAUCCACUAAUUAAUGAUAUAGGGUCAUAAACAGUACCAGAAAAUUUGGCUCCAUUCACCGCCACAGUACAAAAGAGGUGGGCUGAGACAGGCAGAGUCUACCUCACACAGUGUUUUGGGUCACUCAAUAAGCCACAGAGUCACAUUUCUGGUUUUGCAUAAGAAUAAUAAUAAUAAUAAUAAUAAAACAGAAGUCAAUCAAACCAGCCAUCGUUGAGUUGUACAAACAUUACCGGUAUUGUUUUUGAAGCACCAACCGAAUGCAUCUCGAUUGGGGAUGAGGUAAGAGGACCUUUGAAUAUUCAAAUUGAAAUUAUAUUUCAACUGUAAUAUUUUAAGGUACAUAUUUAUAGAGUAAUAUCUUUUACAUGGUAAUAGUACCACAUUGAAAGCAUGUGUUUGAUUUGUUUUAUUUUAUUGUAGUGUUUGUGAAAAAGUACUGAAUUUUGGUUAUAUGUGUACAUUACAUCAUAUUAGGUUUGCAUUCUUUUUUACACUUAUAACACAUGCAAAGCUUACUUGAUACAUUUUUACAGUAAAUGUAGUGAGUAUUUUAUUUACUGUGCAUUGCACAGUUUCUUACUGAUUUUAAUUCUUCUUUUUAAAAUGUGAUAGCCAUAUUCAAGUCUGCUUACCUCAUCCACUCCCAGGUCGCCCAAUACAUAACCUUUCAACUUAGCAGAUCAAACACAGUGUCAUCACGUUCUUAUCUAAUUGCAUUUACUAGCUGCUAAUGAUUAAGAACAUCAUCAUUUCAAAUUGGAUUCCUUACCUAUUCCCUAUCACCUGUCUAACCUGCUGCAUGAGAAAGGGUAAGUGUGAAUAAAGGUUUAUACAGCACUGUACAGAGGUCUGCAAUACAUUGUUGCAUUGUAGCAAGGUGAUGACAUUGUUGAUGAAUUAUCAGUAUGUAGUGAGAUCAUUAAAGUGUUGUAAAAGACAUUUCCUUGGAGGCCUCUUUUUCACUAUUGUUGUUAAUGAGAAAGCUGAACUUCACUGAAAUAAAUUCUGAUGUUAUUACCUUUAUUGAUCCAGCUACAUUUUACUGUACACAUCCCGAUACAAUGAUGACCCCAUUUACUGGUGUCUGACCUGUCCUUACAACCUGUACAUAGAUAUAGAAUAAAAUUAUUACAUAGAAA